UUAAAGGAAGCACCCUCCUUGGAACCCAGCCUCAACAUCCUCCGAAAAUUGAAAAUUUUGAGGAACUCCUCUCCAUGAGGUUGCAGCCUAAAAGACCACUCACCGUCAAAAUAGUCCCGGACUUUUUUCUUUCGACUAUCGUCCUUGCUCUGGAAGUUGGGAUAGGAGGUUGUUGAAACUUGAUCGACGUUCAAUGCAGGAGUAAGGUUUAAACCCUAAACUACAACUGUGGAAGCUUGUUGGGCAAUUAUCAGCUAUGGCAGCGGACAUGAAGUCUAAGACGAAAAAUGGUUUAACAGAAAAACUAUUCUCUCAUUUAGACCCGCCAUUAUCCGAAGAAACUUUGAAAGUAUUGAAUGAGAGCGGGUUUCAUUACUGUACGCCUGUUCAGGCUGCCACAAUCCCUCUGUUAUGUUCAUACAAGGACGUUUCCGUUGACGCCGCCACCGGCUCUGGGAAAACUCUCGCCUUUGUUGUUCCGCUAAUUGAAAUUCUCAGGCGCCUAACUGAUCCUCUCAAGCCUUAUCAGGUUGCAGCAGUCAUUAUUUCUCCAACAAGAGAAUUGGCAUCACAAAUAUACCAUGUAACAGAGCCAUUUGUUUCGACUCUCUCCAAUAUAAAGUGCAUGCUUCUUGUUGGUGGGACAGAUGUAACAGCAGACUUAAAGAAAAUAAAGGAAGAUGGGGUGAACUUACUUAUUGGUACGCCUGGGCGCUUAGAUGAUAUUAUGGAACGGACAAAUAUUUUAGACUUUCGGCGCUUUGAGGUUCUUAUCUUAGAUGAGGCAGACAGACUUUUGGAUAUGGGCUUUCAUAAGCAAGUAUCUUCCAUUACAGCUCGUUUGCCAAAGCAACGAAGGACAGGCCUUUUUUCUGCUACUCAAACUGAGGCAGUUGAAGAGCUUUCAAAGGCUGGACUUCGGAACCCAGUGAGGGUUGAAGUCCGAACUGAAGCAACUUUUCAGAGUGGAUCAGAUCCUACAACAAAUACCCCUUGCUCUCGUACACCCGCAGGACUUAAUAUAGAGUAUUUGGAAUGUGAGGCAGAUGAAAAACCUUCACAACUUGUACAGUUCUUGUCUGGUCACAUGGCAAAAAAAAUAAUUCUAUACUUCAUGACUUGUGCCUGUGUUGAUUAUUGGGGAGUUGUCCUGUCACAACUCAAAGUUCUUAAAGGAUGUCCAUUGAUUGCUCUUCAUGGAAGAAUGAAGCAGUCCAUCAGAGAGAAAGCUUUAGCAUCUUUCACAAAACUCUCUACUGGAAUUCUUCUAUGCACUGAUGUAGCAGCACGGGGGCUAGAUAUUCCUGAUGUUGAUUGGAUCGUCCAGUGUGAUCCUCCACAAGAUCCUAAUGUAUUUGUACAUAGGGUCGGUCGAACAGCACGCAUGGGAAGAUCUGGCAAUGCACUUGUGUUCCUUCUACCUAAGGAGGAUGCGUAUGUUGAGUUUUUACGAAUACGCAGGAUACCCAUUCAAGAGAGAAAACGUUCAGAUGCCACUUCUAAUAUUAUUCCACAGAUACGUUCAGCUGCAAUCGAGGAUCGAGAUGUAAUGGAGAAGGGAUUGAGAGCCUUUGUGUCAUUUAUUCGUGCAUACAAGGAGCACCACUGUUCUUAUAUCUUCAGGUGGAAAGAAUUGGAGGUAGGGAAGUUAGCAAUGGGCUAUGGUUUGUUGCAGCUUCCUUCUAUGACAGAGCUUAAGCGGCGUGCAUUUUCAACAGAUGGUUUUGUGCCUGUUGAGGGCCUUGAUCUGGGAGCAAUCAAAUACAAAGAUAAAGCUAGGGAGAAGCAGCGUCAAAAAAAUCUGGCAAAGAAGCAGCAAGCAAAGUAUACUAUUGGAGAGAAAGGUGAGCGGCAUAAUCCAGUUGGCAAUAUUGAACUCAAAGGGAAAAAAUGCAGCAGACAGCGUCGCAUUGUUCAAAACAUUGAAGAUGAGGAGGAAAUGGCACAGGAAUAUCGUUUACUUAAGAAGUUAAAGAAAGGUGCUAUCACUGAAAGAGAGUUUGCAAGAGCUACAGGCACAGAGGAUUGUUUGGAUGAUGAUCAUGAGGAGGAUGAGGAUAGGCAUGGGACUACUGAGCUAUCUGUGGCUGCACCUCCAACUGGCCAAAUCUGUGAACCAUCCAUUAAUGUGGAGGGAAAUUAUCAGAUCUCAAAACAUUUGGUGUCCAAAAAUUUGAAAAGAAAGAGAAGUUCCAUGUCUUCAAAGACAAGUGGAAGUGCUAAAACUGGUAAAUUGCAGUUGAAAAAAUUCAGAAGUGGUAAACAUAGAACCGGAUCAAUAAAAAGACGUCAGAAGAGUAAAAAACAAGAUAAACCUACUUGUUAGCUAGGGGUAAAAGGGUAUCCCCUUCCAAAAAUAUGCAGAAGCAUUUCAGUAUCCUUUCUUAGAUAUUUUAACCAAUUUAAAAAAUUUUCAUAUUACUGUAACAGAUAAGAAACUAAACAUAUAAAGGGUCAGAAUUCAACUGAGUUUACAAACUGUUCAAAGUAUUUUUCCUUCCUGUUUUGUGCAUGGAGGUUCGAUAUUUUUUGUACAUAGUUGAGCUUUUUCCUUUAAUGUAAUAUUUGAUGCUAUUAAUGUUAACAAUGAGUAGUUUUCGUAUUCUUAA